GGAGCUGUUGUGUGUUUUCACAGCAAACUCACUUCCACCCUCGCUGUUGUCUUCAGAGCUUCACAAAGAGGACAGAGAGGACAGAGAGGACACACUCGUCUCCACGCCUUUACGCACAGUCUACUUCCAUCACAGCCAGGAUCAAAAAAACAACACUGCUUGUAAAGAAAUGCAUCCCAUAGACAGUGACAUCAUCCAGCUGGAGACCAGUGGAGACAGAAACAACCAAAGUAAAGAAGACAAAGAGGAUUUGUGCCAAAUUUCCACCACGAUGCCCACCGGCUGGAUCAGAGAGGUUCGGCAGAGGCGAGGAGGCAAGACAGCAGGCAAACUGGACGUGUAUAUUACAAGUCCUCAAGGGCAGAGGUUCCGGUCAAGGUCAUCCCUGCACGCUUUCCUCCUCAAAAAUGUAGAAGACAACUUGGACAUAAGCCUCUUCAGUUUCACCGCAUCCAAGGAUGAUGUCACCGCAGCGUCACAAAUGCUUCCCACCCAAAUCAGAAAGGGCAGAACAAAGAAAAAGCGUGCUAAUAAACAAGAGGAGACGACAGAAAACCUGGAUCCACCUCCAAAUGAAUCUACAAGAGCCGCUUGCUCCCGCAGAAGAACUCCAGAAGCAGAUGUAAAGAGUGCAGAUGAUACUAAUCACGUUAGUGAUGUUUGUCCAGAGGAAACUGAUGAGACUAUGGAGUCCUGUGUACAAGAUGCAGUCGUGCAGGAUGACGUGACACUGCAGAGGAGUCAUCAGAGAGCCGGGCUGAGAGGAAAACUUCUACAAACGACUCCAUCUGUCAAACGAAAACCCACUUCCACUGAUCACGAGGACAAACAGGGAGACGCACAGUCGUCUAUUCCUACUCUGAACGUUCACCCCGCCACUGACAGUGACAGCGAGGGUGAACGAGGUGAAAAAAUGAAAAAUGUUCACAGCAAAGGUGGCAACGAGCCUAAUUCUGAACAGGAGACCGACGCCGACAGUCGCAUAAAUGUGGAAGACAAGGUGUUGUUACCUGACGUCCCUGUGAACAGCUGCACGCCAGUGAGAGACUCUCAAAAUAGGCCCAAGAGCUUGGAUGACAAACGGAAAACAAGCCCUUAUUUCAGUGGGAAACUCUCAAACGAUGGACUUAGCCCUCCCAGGAGAAAGGUCUUCAAGAAGUGGACGCCCCCCCGUUCUCCGUUUAAUCUAGUACAAGAAACACUCUUCCAUGACCCGUGGAAGCUCCUGGUUGCCACAAUUUUCCUAAACCGGACCACUGGUAAAGUUGCCAUUCCAGUGCUGUGGCAGUUUUUCGAGCAGUACUCGUCUGCAGAACUGACCCGCGAGGCCGACUGGAAGCCCAUAUCUGAACUUAUGCAACCACUCGGCCUCUAUGAGCUCAGAGCCAAAACACUCAUCCGCUUCUCAGAUGAAUAUCUAACUAAACAGUGGCGUUACCCCAUCGAGCUGCACGGGAUUGGGAAAUACGGCAAUGACUCCUAUAGGAUCUUCUGUGUGGGAGAGUGGAGAGAUGUGACCCCCGAGGAUCACAUGUUAAACAAAUAUCACGCCUGGCUGUGGGAGAACCACGAAACUCUUGGAAUCUGAAACACAAAGGAGGAGGAUCUGAAGACUUGUGGACCCUGUAGUGACAGCAUUUAUCUUAAAAAGCAUUAUGAUGAAUUAUGUUCACGUCGUUUUGAUGAACAUGUUUACAUUCAGGUUCAUGCUCAACAGCAGUUUUAA